GUUCGAUAUUUCAACAGGAUACGUUACUAUCGCGGAAAAAUUUGAGGCUUGAAGCUAUACCGUAUUUCAAGUUUACAGUCUUAUUCAACAAUGAACUCAGGAUGAAAUUUAGUGCUCUAUUUGCAAAUAUAAAAAAUUCAGAAUGCCCAUUGUCUCUUCUGAAGAGCUAUGUAAAUGAUGGUGUUGUCCUAAAGGACUUCAACAAAUGCGAGGAAAUUGGUUCACUCGUUUGCUUUCUCGUGUCUAAAACAUAUGGGCUUGGCCUCAAGAUACUCCUUGACUGUGGUUUGGAUAUGUCUGCUAGUCAUCACAUUACUGGAGACACACCAUUGAUCAUCCUUUGCAACGAAGGUUUAUGUGGUGCAACGAAACAACUAAUUGACAAAUUAGAACCGGCUAGUCUAUUUCAUUCCAACGUCAUUGGAUUAACAGCUAUAACACAAUUGCUCUGUCGCGCUCACGGGGCUUGCAACUGCUUAGAAAGUCUUCUUUCACAUCUGUGCCUUUGCAGUGCUCUUUUACCAGUUGACUUGCGUAUGAACAGUCAUACACGCAGCAUGAGUAGUAUGGGACUUUUACAUUCAGAACCCUUAUUUGAAAAUGAAGGAAGUCAGGUGUUAUUCACUGUUGAUCAGCUACUGGGACGCAUUAAGUCAGAUAAUAGUGAGCGUAUCAUCUCUGUAUUACAACUGUGGAUAAAAGCAAAUCUUCUGCGUUUAACGUACACAACUGGAGACAGUUCUAUGCAGAAUGAACAAUUAACAUGCAACACAAAUGUUUUGGGAGAAAGGCUUCUUAGACCUUUGCUGUCAUGUGUUUUUUAUUCAAACAACAUUGGAUCCAUAAUGAAUAAACUUGAAAUAUUGAUUUGUCAAUUGCUCAUCUUAGGCCAGUUACAUGGAUGCCUUUUAAUUGAUAGUAUAACUCAGUCAAAUCCAGUAGACUCGAAAAACCAAUACUUGAAUAACAUGGUUGAAAACCGUUACUGUACCCAAAUCAGAUCCUAAUGACACAUUUUUGAACCAAGGUAUAACCACCACUAUUGUGAGAGCUAUGGAUGACGCAGCUAUUGAAGUCGAGGUGACACUAGCGAGACACUGAUUCGAAUUACAGUGCUAAGCUAACAAACUAUCGUUCUGCAUCCAUUAAAACACAAACCUUACAGAUAUCAAACUUUUUAUUUGAACACCAACACAACUCUGUGAAGAAGUGAGGCCUCAUUAAACGAAAUCACAAGGUUUUGUACUAAGAAACUAACAAUGGAGUGAUGUUGGUGACGAACUGAAUUUAGCUCGAGAUUUACUGCCACCUAUAAUGAUGAAGAAUAUGGUGAACGUAUUCCAGCGUGGAGUAAGGAUUGAUACAGCUGUCUGGACCACUACACACUACACUUCAUACAACCUACUACCAGGCCAGUUAUCAUUAACAUAGAGCCCGAUACGAAUGUGCACUACCCAAGGUUCUCAAACUAAAUCACCAAAACGAUAUGAAAAUACGAUGAAUAGCGAAAUAAUAGUAGUAUCAAUAGGUAAGGCAGAUUAAACAUUAGAGAAUAUAAUUCCAAAGUGGAUAGAUUGGGUGAAUAAAAAGUAUGAAAUAGAGUAGAAAAAUAAGACUGAGGGGAAAAUAAAGGGAAUGAGUCUGCACCAUUGUGAUCAGUACUAAGCCAUAUCAGCCAAUGCUCAUAACCACUGAUUACGGUUAUUACACCGAUCAUAUCGAGUAAUUUGCGCCUAAUGACACCGGUUCCGUCCAACAAAC